UCAAAUCAAUUACAAAUUGUUUUCCCUCCUAUGGUAACGACGAUCCCAAUCAAAUCGGAAAAAUCUGAAAUCCCUAGGAUCAUCAUCAUCUCUCUCUCCCUCUCGCUAGGGUUUGUAAUUCACUAAUCAGAAUGAAGCUGAGCCAGACACUGAAGAAGCCUUGUUCAUCAGCUAAGCUGAUUCUGCAAGAGAUAAUCGGUUUAACCACAAAGAACGCCAACGGUUUAGCCUCGGCGUCCUGCACCUCGAAGUGUGUCUACUUGGCGGGAUGCGUUGUGGUGGUAUACGAUGUAGACGCGUGCACUCAAUCGCACCUCGUCGUAUCUCACCGUGUGCCUAAGACUCUGAGCUGUGUGGCGGUUUCGCACAACGGCCGGUUUGUAGCUGCUGGAGAGUCUUCGAAUCUCUCUUCGGUAUUGAUAUGGGACUGUGAGAGUUUGGGGCUUGUGGCUGAGCUGAAAGGUCAUCUUUAUGGAGCUCAGUGUCUCUCCUUUUCACCAAAUGGGGAAUAUUUGGUGAGUGUUGGAGGAUAUGUAUAUCUUUGGGACUGGCGUAAAAGCGUCUUGCUGGCGAAGGUCAAAGCGAGUUCUACUUCUUGCUCUGAUAUUACCUCUGUGGCAUUCUCAUCCAAUGGGAAGUUUGUUGUUACUUCCGGGAACAAGCAUUUGAAGUAUUGGAGAGUUGGUUCUUUUCAGAGGAAACGGUCAAACAAAGUAGGAUCUUUGGCACUUCAUGGGAAGCCGAGUGACUGUGGGUUUCAGAAAGGAAACUCGUUUGUAUCAGUGAUAUCAGCUAAUAGAGUGAAAUCUAGUGGAAGUGAUGAACGAGGUGAAGAAGUUGUGUCAAUAUACGCUCUUACAGAUGCAGGUGUUCUGAUGCUCAUGAGUUGUGAUAUGUUGAUCAAGAAAUCAGUGGAUCUUAAGGUUGAGAAAUGUUUUGCUCUAUCUGCAUCCACUAGAUUGAUAGCAUGCGCUUGCAGCGAGGGAGCGAUCCAGCUAUUUACUCCUGAAACGUUAGAAUAUGCUGCCACAAUACACUUUUCAGAUGCUAGAAAGAGCCACACUGAAAAUCAAUCUCAUUCAGAAGAACUAAAAAAUACAGAAUCUCAGCCUGUUAGCUAUCCGGACGCAGUUGCGUGCCAGUUUUCGACCACAGAUAAGCUCGUUGUCAUCUAUGGGGAUCAUAGUCUCUAUGUUUGGGAUGUGAAUGACGUGAACAAGCCUACAAGGUGCUCUAUGAUGAUAUCGCAUUCUGCCGGGAUUCGGGAUAUAAAAAACCUCUCUUGUGGAAAUCUGCACAGUCCAACAUCUGCAUGUGUAGCUAGAGGAUGCUCUGAAGGGGUUUCCUUCACUACAUGUUCUGAAGAUGGAACCAUAAGGUUGUGGGAUCUUGAUCUUCAAAUGGACCCGUUAGAAGCCAAUGCAGGCAGCAAGGCCUCGGAAUCUGAAUCACAAGGGACUAUGCAUUUAGCUAGUGCUGGAAUUUUUGAACGAGAGCUUGUUGAGACAUGUGGUACUACGUAUGGUUUCCGAGCACUAGCAGUAAGUGAUGAUGGAAAGUACUUAGCAGCUGGUGACUGUGGAGGGAACCUUCAUAUAUAUGAUUUGCAAGAAUCAGAAUAUACAUGUUUUACGGAUGCUCAUGAAUCAGAAAUUCAGUCACUGAGCUUUAGCUUUCCUGGACUGAAAGAUGUUAAUUGUGAAACUGCCUCAAGCAACGAGUUCUUGCUUGCUUCUGGUGGAAAGGGCGGAGCGAUCCACGUUUAUGAUGUCAAAAGGAACUUUGAUCCCGUUGGGAGUGUUAGUGUUUCAGCCGCUGUGAAAUCUGUUAAAUUCGCAUGUAACGGCCGGAAAAUUUUAACUUCUGGUGCAGAUAGGUUGCAUUUGUUUGACGUUUUCAGAAAAGAAAGUAAUGUGCGUAUUUCACCUUCUAAAUCUCAAACUCCCUCUCAUGGAACCAUCCAUGAUAUGGCUGUAGAUCCAACAUCAGGACUUGUUGUCACAGUGGGACAGGAUAAGAAGAUAAACAUAUUCGACAUAGAAAGCGGAAAGAUUGUCAGAUCAUUCAAGCAAAACAGAGACCAUGGAGAUCCCAUAAAGGUCAUUUUGGACCCUAGCUGCAGCUACUUGGCAUGCUCCUACUCUGACAGGACAAUCUGCCUUUUGGACUUUGUCACAGGAGAGUUGGUUGCUCAGGCCACAGGACAUGGCGAAGCCGUGACUGGUGUUAUUUUCCUUCCUGAUUGCAAACAUAUCAUUUCAGUAGCAGGUGACGGCUGUAUUUUUGUUUGGAAACUGCCCUUGCAAAUGGUUACUCGUAUGACACGGGCAGUAAAUGAAAAUGGCAGCUUAGAUCCUGUAACUAUGGCCCAGCCGGUAAAGUUUAUGCAGAUUGUGGGUUAUGUGGAGGAAGACGAUCAAAAUGCAGAUCAAAUUCAGCAACUCUCUCCAUGGACAUCUUCAUUUAAGUUCAGUGUCUCUAGACUUCCUAAGUGGGCUCAAACUAAAGUUGAAACAUAUGGUAUUGCUACCGCUUGUAAGGAUUCUGUUUCAAACCAGAAACAUGAAGAUAAAGCUCUAGUGAAUGUUGUUAACAUUGCUGAAGACUGCUCUUCUACGAAUCUUGAAUGCCAAACUCCCAAGCAAGGUUCAAGAACCGGAAAGUUAUGCCUUGGAAGCUUGUCCAAAAGCUCUAGCGACAGUGAAACUUCAGUGCCUCAAGGAGAUGCUCCUAGCCAUAGGAAGGAAACGCGCUGGAACACUAUCUACAACGUGUGUUUGGAUCUUUUAAAUUCUCCGAACAUCCAAACAUCUUCCAUUAAACAACAGAAACCAGAAAAAUUCUGCACCAAAGGCUCUGCCGAGCAGGGGGACAUGCUCAAACAGUUCGACAACAGUUUGUCAAUGAUAGAAGAGGUGGAGGCCGAGAAAACAUCGCAGCAAAGAAGAUAUUCUACUCAAUUUGUUCUUAGAAAGGACUACAUUGGUGGAACCAGACAAUUUCUGCGUACACCCUCCCAGAAAUCAGGGUACAAGAUUUUGAGAUCGAUCCAAGAACAUCUCCCUCUUGAUACGGUGAAUGAUCAGUCUUCACAGAGCUCAGAAGAACAUCCUGAACAGGACAAGGCCUCUUCAGAAGUAUUCCAUGAUACGCUUGCAGACGAUUCACUUCAAGAAAGAAUAACGUCUUGCCGUCAAGCAUUGCACAGCCUGAAAGCUGCUGCGUCAGUUUUGGUCAAGUCAAUGUCGGAAUUAUCUACAGCUUCUCCCAGAGAUCGAAUCUCAGGUGAACUCAGAGACCAGUUGUUUGAUGAAGCAGCUUUGAUGAUGCCAGAAAUGUCUCAGAAAGUUAAUGAAAUUGUUGCCAAGAUGAUGCUUGAGCACAAAAAUACAAAACAAAGUGAUGGAUAAAAUGUCUCCUAUUAGUUCAAUAUACAAAGUGAUGGAAACAUUGUAUACUUUAGCACUGUACAGUUAUGCAUCUUACAAAUUGAAUAAUAAUGGGUUUGUUGCUCU